AUGAAUCCAUCCAACCUUACCCCACGAGCUAACCACUGUGCUCGUGUUACUCCAUUGUCGCCGAUGGCGGCAGCAGGACCGCCUCCUGCUCCGCAGCGGCAACCCGCCUUUACCUCAGUAUGGCCGACAACUACACAGCAAAGCCAGCCGUUCGUGGACCGGGCACGCCUUACCCCGUUUAUGCGAAUCCCAUCAGCUCAAUACAAUGGCGGCGCGAGCGCCUGGCCCGGCCCAACUCCGCUCUCCCCGACCAACGGCGCCAUCGACGUAGCUGGGAGUGUAGGCAUCGGGUGGAUGCCAAACGGUAAUACCCACCCCUUGGAAACUCCCUCCGUCAUGGGGGCCUUUGGAUUCAAUGGAUUCAACGUCGAUGGAAUGAGUGGCGCGGCUGGGAGUGUCGAUUUUCAGACCGGCAGCCAACUGCAUCUUCCGGCCUAUUUUGAAGUAGAUGCGAGACAAGGGGCUGAUUUUAAUGGUGGCGGUGGACAAGAUCUUCGCCUUUGGUGUGGGUGGAUUGGGUGCAGGGACCGUCGUGGCUUCACCCGCGAGGACUGUCUGAUGCGACACAUCAGGUCCACGCAUAUCUCGCCAGACUUGUUUAAGUGCACCCAGUGCACGAAGGCUUUUGGUCGGCUAGACAAGCUCCGGGACCAUCUUUGUCUUCGACACGGAUGGGCUCGAAGCGGCUGA